AUGGAGCCGCCCAGCCCCCUCGUCCAGGUCAGGACUCGCAACGCGCCACACAGCGUGUCCAGUACGGCAGGCGAGCAGGCCAGCUCGAGCAGCCCGCUUGAAGGCAUCGGGAGGGAGGUUUCUAUGCACCGCACACAACUGAUCCGCGUACACCCGUUACCUGAGACAGACAACUCCCAGAGAGUGUUGGGCAACGAAUCUACACAACAUCUCAAGCUGAGGGAGAGACAGCGUUUUUUUGAGGAGGUCUACCAGCAAGAUGUUGAUAACUACCUGCCCUCUGCCCACCUGCAGAUUGACAGCAGGAAACCCCCCAUGGGAAGUAUCUCAUCAAUGGAGGUAAAUGUGGAUGUGCUAGAGCAAAUGGACCUGAUGGACAUAUCUGACCAAGAAGCCCUUGAUGUGUUCCUUAAUGCUGGAUCAGGAGGAGACGAGGGAGCCCUUGCAUCCCCACUACCAGAUGGAGAGGAUGAAGAUGAUGAUGAAGCAGACGAAGAGGCCGAGGUUAUCUACAGGGUGUGUCCACCAUUGCAACGGCAAAAUGAAGACUCCAACUCUUCAAAGUCCCGCAUUUCUUCGACGUCGUCGGGCUCCAGUGAUACGAGUGGUGGCAGAGCAGACACACCGGUUAUAUACAUAGUCAUAUCGACAACAGCCUUUCAGAGAGGACACAAUAUCCAACUUGCUAAGCAGGAAAUUUUGUUACGUUCCAAAAGGAGGUGGUCUUUGACUACGAUUGAAUUAGUUGAAGAGGAUCCGGGUCCUUACCCGAAAUUCAUAUCUCAGAUAUUCAACGACAAGUCAAAUCAAUACCUUAAUCACAAAUAUGUAUUAAGAGGAAUGGGCUUUGAUGAGGAGCCAAUCGGCAUCUUCUCUCUUGAUGAACGAAGCGGGAAGAUCUACGCCCAUAAAGCCAUCGACAGAGAGAAGCACAGUUUCUUUCAUAUCAAGUUUGACAUUUUGGACGUACAAACGGGUGGAGCUAUAGACAGAGAAUUAGCAUUUGAUAUUGAAAUUAAAGACAUCAAUGACAAUGCGCCAAGAUUUGUCCACCCACAAAUGAACGCUGAAGUCAGAGAGGACACAGAAGAGGGCUACUUGCCAGUUAGGAUAGAGGUCAUUGACCCUGAUCAACGGAACACCCCAAAUUCUACAGUGACUCUGAGUGUGAUAUCACAGUCGCCACAAGAGCCAAAAAUUGACUUAGACCAGAUUGACGUACAAAUGGCUCAGCUUACUUUUAAAGGGUGUUUCAACUACGACAAAGUUAAAAAAUAUGAAAUAAUACUUCAAGCGAAAGAUCAUGGAAACCCAUCUCUGUCAUCCACUGCUGUUGUCACUCUCAACAUCAUUGACACCAACAGUCAUCCACCAACAUUCAAAGCGAGGAAAUAUCAUAGUGAAGUUCCAGAAAUGGUUUUAAAGGAAAAUGUUUUAAGACUUGAGGUAGAAGACAAGGACACUCCCAAAACACCUGGGUGGCGGGCCAAGUACUUCAUCAUCAGUGGAAAUGAGGAAAACAAUUACAAAAUUGAAACUGACCCUGAUACUAAUGAGGGUAUUCUGAGUGUUAUCAAGGGGAAGGAUUUUGAGAAAACAGAAAUUGCAAACCUGCAAAUUGGAGUAGAGAAUGAAGAGCCCUUAUUUGUAUGUAAUGAUGCAGCAUCCUCCCGCAAUGGCUUGUCCUCCCCUGAUUCAAUUAAUGUCACAGUCAAAGUAAUAGAUGUCAAUGACCCACCUCAGUUUGAGAAAGAGUCAGUUGAAAUCUAUGAGAAGGAAGAGGAAGAACCAGGAAAGUUGCUGUACACUCCAAAGGUUCAUGAUGUUGAUUCAGAUGUAUCCAAAAUUAGGUUUGUCUUGGUAGAUGAUCCAGCUGGAUGGGUGACCAUUGAUAAAAAAACAGGACAAGUCACAACCACGAAGAAGAUGGAUAGAGAAUCAUCCUUCGUUCAUGACGAUGUUUAUAAAAUCCAAAUUGCUGCAAUAGAUGAUGGUCAACCUCCAGGCACAAGUACAAGCAGUAUCUUGGUUCACCUCCUGGAUAUCAAUGAUAACCAGCCCAAGCUAAACAAUAACAGUGUCACCAUGUGUGGAAACAAGGUGAAACUUUCCAUAAAGGAUCUUGACUUGCAUCCUUACAGUGGACCCUUCACAAUCUCACUAAAGAGUGAUGAUGCAACCCAACUAAAGCGAUGGAAAGUGGACCCUGCCACGGGUGAGGAAGUUGGGCUAGUUAGCUUGAAGACACUACCUUACGGCAAAUACUCAGUGCCCCUCUUGAUUAAGGACCAACAGGGCACAACAGGAGAGGAUACUGCGGUCAUAACUGUGUGUGAUUGUGAAGGAGGAGAAGUGUGUCGCCAUAAAAAGCCACUCUCAACAAGUCUGGGACCAAGUGCUAUUGGACUUGUCUUUGCAGCUCUCCUUUUAUUUUUGUUAAUCUUAUUCGUCUCGAUCUGUAAGUGUGAAAAACAGUUCAAGAACUUGUCUGAAGUACAUGAAGAUGUGGGUUAUCAGACCUUAAUCAAGUACAACCAAGAAGGAGGCGGCGCUGAAUGCAAGAUAUCUAAGAGGGCUCGUGUAAUGAAAGACUUGAAUAAUUACAACUCUGGGAUGAUGAUUAACUCUGACAUGGCAUCAUUGGGCCAGACUUAUCAUAGAGAGUCAUUCUGGGGCAAUAAGGAGCACACAGGAGGCUCAUUCAGGUCUCAACAGACAAACAACUGGUUGUUCAAUCAUAACAUUUCGGAUCACCUCAACAAGAGACUGAAAAUGAUUGACGGAAAUGCUGCAAACCACCCAGAAUACCAACCACAUGAGUACGUCUACGAGGGAGAUGAGAGCAGAUGUCAGUCACUGGAUCAACUGUCUUUUAGCAAUUAUGGAGAAAGUUUUCAGUUUUUGAAUGAUUUGGGACCCAAGUUUAAACCCUUUGCCAGGAUUUGCAACCAGUUAAUCCAGGAAAAAAGCAUACAAAUUUAA